AUGGAUUGUUUCUUAAGAUUUCUACAAUUCGAUUUGCUGACAUUGUUUUGUAAUCCUUUUAAAUGUGAGGAGCUUCAAACAAAAAAUUCCUCCAUUGAAAUGUCAGGUAAAGAUGGGAAAGGGGAAAUUGAAAAGACCAAAAAUGCGAAAAGACCUACACCUAAAACAAUUGACAAGGCUGCGAAGAGGAGAAAAUGUCAAAGAAGAACUUAUUGCAACCUUGAUACUAGUGCGGAUAGUGAGAAUAGUUUUAACGAGGACUAUAACGAUGCUUACGACGUUGCUGAAAGUGAUUGUGAAGAGGAAGAUGAGGAAAUUGUUCGCAACAAUAGCUAUUGUCCUAAUAAUAGUGGAUAUGUUCGCAAGUACAAUGAUGAAGGGCACCCGGCUGAGUGUCUACCGUCUACGUCCAAGUCCAGCGACUGUAUCAUCAUCGAAAAUGAUGGUAACCAUAAUGGGGACGAUCCCAACAUUGGAAACAUGUUUGUUAGUAAACUUCAUCGCUCUACAGCAGAUGCGGAGUUAUUGCUUUUAAGUCCAAGUGAUUCGAUUAGCGAAACUGCUUGCGACAGAUGUGAAGAAUGUGAAUCGAACAAAAAUAACGAACAGGAAGAUGAGGAAAUUGUUCGCAACAAUAGCUAUUGUCCUAAUAGCAGUGGAUAUGUUCGCAGUUACAAUGAUGAAGGGCACCCGGCUGAGUAUCGACCGUCUACGUCCAAGUCCAGUGAAUGUACCAUCAUCCAAAAUGAUGAUCACGAUAAUGGGAACGAUCCUAACAAUAGAAACAUGCGUGUUAGUGAACUUCAUCGCUCUACAGCAGACGCGGAGUUAUUCCUUUUAAAUCCAAGUGAUUCGAUUAACAAAGCUGCCUUGAUAUUUUGUAAUAACUUUCUCAACAUAGCCUUGAAAUGCAGUAAAAUGUCAAUGAGGGAAAAACUUGAAACUGAGGAGAAGGCAAAAAAGCUUUUUAAUAAAAUGCGUGGCAGAAGAGGUAAAUAUAAAUAUAUCAAGUGGGAUAACCUGAAAUUGCACCAACAGAUUCCAUUCUUUUGGGCUGCGCUAUCCGAUAAGGACAUUUCAUACGAUCCUAUUGAAAAUUUUCAACAUUUCUAUUUAACGUUUAUGCCUCAUAGCAGUAAUAUGUCUAUAAAGAAAUUAAACGAGUAUUCCCGGGUUGUAUGGCAUGAUAUGAAUGCGAAGGAAAGGCUACCCUUUAUAAUGCAAGCUUUCAUUGCGAAAGUAGCGUCAGGUGAAGCUAACGUAAAAGACUGUGACGAACUGCAAACAUUUAUAGAGCGUGUUGAGAACACAACUGACUAA